GCGCGAAGGCACGCGAGCCACCCUCACGCAGGGGCCGCAGGAAACAAUAGAGGCCGCGCGCGCUGAGCUAGCGCUCGUCGCCUCCCCGCCCCUCCCGCAACGCAUAACCCCGGGAUCUCCCCCGGCUCACCUGCAGCCAUGGCUGACAAGGAAGCAGCCUUUGACGACGCAGUGGAGGAACGUGUGAUUAACGAGGAAUACAAAAUAUGGAAAAAGAACACCCCUUUUCUCUAUGAUUUGGUGAUGACCCAUGCCCUGGAGUGGCCCAGCUUAACUGCCCAGUGGCUUCCAGAUGUAACCAGACCUGAAGGAAAAGAUUUCAGCAUUCAUCGACUUGUGCUGGGUACACACACAUCAGAUGAACAAAACCACCUUGUGAUAGCCAGUGUCCAGCUCCCUAAUGACGAUGCUCAGUUUGAUGCAUCACACUAUGACAGUGAAAAAGGAGAAUUUGGAGGUUUUGGCUCUGUCAGUGGCAAAAUUGAAAUAGAAAUCAAGAUCAACCAUGAAGGAGAAGUAAACAGGGCCCGUUACAUGCCCCAGAACCCUUGCAUUAUUGCAACAAAGACUCCAUCCAGUGAUGUUCUUGUUUUUGAUUACACAAAGCAUCCUUCUAAACCAGACCCUUCUGGAGAGUGCAACCCAGACUUGCGUCUCCGUGGACAUCAGAAAGAAGGCUAUGGGCUUUCUUGGAACCCAAAUCUCAGUGGGCACUUGCUUAGUGCUUCAGAUGACCAUACCAUCUGCCUAUGGGACAUCAGUGCAGUUCCAAAGGAAGGAAAAGUGGUGGAUGCAAAGACCAUCUUUACAGGACAUACAGCAGUAGUAGAAGAUGUUUCCUGGCAUCUACUUCAUGAGUCUCUGUUUGGGUCAGUUGCUGAUGAUCAGAAGCUUAUGAUUUGGGAUACUCGUUCAAACAAUACUUCCAAACCAAGCCAUUCAGUUGAUGCUCACACUGCUGAAGUGAACUGCCUGUCUUUCAAUCCUUAUAGUGAGUUCAUUCUUGCCACUGGAUCAGCUGACAAGACUGUUGCCUUGUGGGAUCUGAGAAAUCUGAAACUCAAGUUGCAUUCCUUUGAAUCACAUAAGGAUGAAAUAUUCCAAGUUCAGUGGUCACCUCACAAUGAGACUAUCUUGGCUUCCAGUGGUACUGAUCGUAGGCUGAAUGUCUGGGAUUUGAGUAAAAUUGGAGAGGAACAGUCCCCAGAAGAUGCAGAAGAUGGCCCACCAGAGUUGUUGUUUAUUCAUGGUGGUCACACUGCCAAGAUCUCUGAUUUCUCUUGGAAUCCCAAUGAACCUUGGGUGAUUUGUUCUGUAUCAGAAGACAAUAUCAUGCAAGUGUGGCAGAUGGCAGAGAACAUUUAUAAUGAUGAAGACCCUGAAGGAAGUGUGGAUCCAGAAGGUCAAGGGUCCUAGACAUGUCUACGCUUGUGAUUUUAGACUCCCCUUGCUUUCCUCUGAACCCUGAGAUAAUGAUUUAACACUGGUUUUGAGACACGGACUUUGUUCAGCUCUCCCUCUAUAAUAGGUGCCACCAGUAACGCUACAAGCCCAAGCAGUGGGUGUUUUCUAAACCUUAACUAGGGGACUUCAUUCAAAAAAAGCCGCAGACAUAUUUAAAUUUUCUUCAGGAAUUUUCUAGUGAAAAACCCAGGUCUAAAGUAGCUUCAGAAAUGGGGCGUAAUAUGUGUGAUUAUUUUUCUUCUUAAGCUAUAUCCCCAAUUUUUUCAGACUCAAGUAAUGGCUAGAGUGAAUAAGGAAUAGAGCCAAGUGAGGUAGUUGUCUGAGCCAUGAAGUAUAAAUAUUAUAAGAUGUCAUUUUUAUUCAGAAAUUAGGGGAGGUUCAAGUUACACAAAUUCCUACUCUACAGUCCUCACGCCUGACUUUCCAGGAAGCAUUUUCCCACAUAGACCAGUCAUUUAUUGGUUUCUUCAGUUAAGACCACAUGUUCCUCCUUCCCCAUAUAUUUUGCUCAUUAGUGUAUUUCUUGAGCUAUUUUCAUAUUAUUCUUUUCCUUUCUGUGAAAUGGUUUUUGUUGUGUUUUUUUUGAAACUUGGGACCACCAAGUUGUAAAGAUGUAUGUUUUUGCCUGGCAGUUCUACCACAGGUGAGCUGCCAAGUUGAGAAGAGUGAUUUGAUAGUUUGUAUUUGUUUUUAAAAUUAAAUUAAUCCUUGAUAAGAGUUGCUUUUGUUUUUUAGGGGUUAGUCCUUGACCACUAUAGUUUGAUACCAUCUCCAUUUUGGUUGACCUGUCUCACCAUCAGGCCUGUUACUCUCCAUGACUAACUGUGUAAGUGCUUAUAAUGGAAUAAACUGCUUUUCUACAUA